UCAUUUGCUGUAGGUGGUGGGACCAGAACCCACAACAUCAAGCCACAAGAAUGAUUAGCUUGCGUUAAGUUAAUCGUUGCUACUCUUGUGCUUCCUCAGCCAAAUUUCUGACAUGAUUGCCUCUCGCCUGCUCCGAUUCAGAUCUCGAGCACAGUCUGGGAUCUUGAACAGGCAUUUGCCAUGUUUUAGUUCUUCAUUUGGUGGAUUUGGUCAUUCUGGGGCAUCCUUGCAUACAGAAUCAGAGGAUGGGAGGGGGUUUAAGGGACAUGGCAUGUUGGCGCCGUUCACGGCUGGAUGGCAGAUUUCAGAUUUACAUCCGUUGGUUAUUGAGAGAUCAGAGGGUUCUUAUGUUUUUGACACAAAUGGGAAGAAAUAUCUCGACUCCCUCGCCGGGCUAUGGUGCACAGCUCUAGGUGGGAGUGAGCCUCAGCUAGUUGCAGCUGCAACUUCACAGCUAAACAAAUUACCAUUUUAUCAUUCCUUCUGGAAUCGCACGACAAAACCCUCCUUGGAUUUGGCAAAGGAACUUCUUGAGAUGUUCACUGCAAGGAAAAUGGGGAAAGUCUUCUUCACUAAUAGUGGUUCAGAAGCUAAUGAUUCUCAGGUGAAGUUGGUUUGGUACUAUAACAAUGCAUUAGGAAGGCCAAACAAGAAGAAAUUCAUAGCAAGGACAAAGGCUUACCACGGAUCAACGCUUAUUUCAGCCAGUCUUUCAGGACUUUCACCCCUUCAUCAAAAGUUUGAUCUACCAGCACCCUUUGUAUUGCACACAGAUUGUCCUCAUUAUUGGCGCUAUCAACUGCCAGGAGAAACCGAGGAAGAGUUUUCGAGCAGGCUAGCAACUAACUUGGAGAACCUUAUUUUAAAAGAGGGACCUGAUACAAUUGCUGCAUUUAUUGCUGAGCCAAUAAUGGGUGCUGGUGGUGUCAUCCCUCCCCCAAAGUAUUAUUUUGAGAAGGUUCAAGCUGUUCUUAAGAAGUAUGAUAUCCUCUUUAUUGCUGACGAGGUGAUCACAGCUUUUGGACGACUUGGAACAAUGUUUGGCUGUGACAAGUACAAUAUUCAACCGGACCUUGUGUCCUUAGCAAAAGCUCUAUCAUCUGCAUACAUGCCCAUUGGUGCUAUUCUUGUUAGCCCAGAAAUAGCAGAUGUAAUUCAUUCUCAAAGCAACAAACUGGGUUCAUUUUCUCAUGGAUUUACGUAUUCCGGCCAUCCUGUAUCAUGUGCUGUUGCUUUGGAAGCACUGAAGAUCUAUAAGUACAGGGAAAGGAAUAUAGCUGAAUGUGUCAGGAACUUGACUCCACAUUUCCAGGAAGGAAUCAAAGCCUUUGCUGGAAGUCCCAUUAUCGGGGAGAUACGUGGAGCUGGAUUGAUUCUUGGGACCGAGUUUAUUGACAAUAAAUCCCCUAACGAUCCAUUCCCAUCUGAAUGGGGGGUUGGUGCAAUAUUCGGAGCAGAGUGCGAGAAGCGAGGAAUGCUGGUUCGAGUUGCUGGUGAUGGCAUAUUUAUGUCACCUCCCUUAACAAUAUCACCUCAAGAAUUGGAUGAGUUAAUCGGAAUCUACGGAGAGGCCUUGAAGAGUACUGAGGAAAAGGUGGAAGAUCUCAAGUCCAAGAGGAAACAGUAGGUUGGAUGAUACACAAAAAUGUGUCUCUUGUAUGUGUAGCUGCACUCUAUUUGGCAAUACUCGGAGCUAUGGCCUUUUGCCAAUAAAAGACUUUUAAGUUUGGAAACUCUUUUAUGCACCACAUUCUCUCAAAAGAGUACUUGCCCCUUCAUGUAAUAUUUGAUUACUGUAUGCAUGCAAGGAAACAUUUUUCUAUUUCA